CCCAGUUUUGUUAUGAUCCAAAAGGGGCAGAAGAAUGAUAGAAGAAGAUAGAGGGCAGUGUAAGGUAAGGGGGCAACGCAAUGGUUAGAGAAUGAUGGUGAAACCUCCUGCAUGGCUUGAAGCCCUAAUCUCUGAGUCCUUCUUCGCCCCCUGUGGGCUCCACCAGUCUGGGAGGAAGAACGAGUGCAACGUCUUCUGCUUACACUGUUGCCUCCCCAUUUGCCCUCACUGCCUUCCUUCUCACCGCUCUCAUCCUCCUCUUCUUCAGAUUCGACGCUAUGUUUAUCACGACGUGGUUCGCCUUGCCGAUCUCGAGAACCUCAUUCACUGUUCUUAUAUUCAGCCUUACACCAUAAAUGGAGCCAAAGUGAUAUUCCUGAAUCACAGGCCACAGUCUAGGCCUUGCAAAGCCCCUUCCAAUGUUUGUUUAACUUGCGCCAGAAUUCUUCAACACCCCUUCCAUUUCUGCUCCCUCUCAUGCAAGGUGGAUCACAUGGUGUUUGAAGGGGCAGAUCUUUCCACCAUUCUGCUGAGGUUGGAAGAGUCGGAUUUUGGGUUUUCACAAUUGGAAGGGCUGCCGAUGGAUGCCUCCCAACUCACCGACGACGACGACGAGCACGCCCAAAUCACGCCCAAUGCUUUCUCGAAGAAGAACGCCAGUGGCUUCCUCCCUCCAAUUGCUCUCUCUUUGGGUAGCCGGAGAAAGGGGGCUCCCCAAAGGGCUCCACUGUCUUAGACUCUUAAGAUAAUUUUUUAAAAAAAAA